ACAUUUUUUCCUACCGAUCGACUCGAAAGCAGAACAUUCGGCCCGGUUUGUUGCUGCACGUUUUGUUUUGUAGAGGGAGAAAGCAGGAACUUUAAAUGCGGCGACAAUCCUGUCCACCCGACUGAGCUUGUUAUUUACCUUUGUUGGAGAGCGCCUUGUGAUUUGUGGCUGUCUAUACGUGGAGUUGUGGUUAUCUCUGAGAGUUGAUGGUGAGCAUGGAAAACCCCAGUGAAACAGUGCAAGUGAAGGAGAAUUCAGAAAAAAACAACAAUCUCAUUGAUCCUAAAGGUCCCCCGGCUAAGAUCCCCCGCUUGGAGCAGAAUGGAAGUCUCUCCACCCGCAGCAGACUGGGUAGCAUGGGUGCCAAAGUGACUGGAGGCUCACUCAAACACACGGGCCAGCUGGUGAAAAUCGGUAAUAAAAAAGGAAAUAUGCUCCCUGUUUUCUGUGUGGUGGAACACUUUGAAAGUCCAAUUGAGUAUGAAAGUAAAGAAGAGCAUGCAGAGUUUGUUCUGGUACGGAAGGACAUGCUGUUUAACCAACUAGUGGAGAUGGCACUCCUUUCUCUUGGAUAUUCCCAUAGUUCUGCAGCACAGGCAAAAGGCCUGAUCCAGGUUGGGAAGUGGAAUCCAGUCCCUCUCUCGUAUGUGACAGAUGCACCGGAUGCCACAGUAGCAGACAUGCUGCAGGAUGUGUAUCAUGUGGUCACACUGAAAAUUCAGUUGCACAGUUGCCCAAAACUGGAAGACUUGCCACCUGAACAGUGGACACACACAACCGUCAGAAAUGCUCUGAAGGAACUACUGAAAGAAAUGAACCAGAGCACACUGGCAAAAGAAUGCCCCCUCUCCCAGAGUAUGAUUUCCUCCAUUGUAAACAGCACUUACUAUGCAAAUGUAUCAGCAGCAAAAUGUCAAGAAUUUGGAAGAUGGUAUAAACAUUUUAAGAAGACAAAAGACAUGAUUGCUGAAAUGGAGACCAUGUCUGAACUGUCUAUUUCUCAGACGGGAACAAAUCAUGUAAACUUUGGAGCACAAACAGUUCCUGGGAAUGGUACUGAUCUGCCCCAGCCACCAUCACCAGCUCAACUUCCUCAUGGUGGUCAGCCAACAACCAGGCCCCAAAUUUCUAAUUUUAAUCCUGGACUUGUCUCUGCACCUCUUAGUCCACAGCUGGUGAACCAGCAGCUGGUUAUGGCCCAGAUAUUAAAUCAACAAUUUGCUGUCAAUAGACUGCUGGCACAGCAAUCCCUAAAUCAGCAAUAUCUAAAUCACCCUCCUGUCAAUCGAUCAAUGACUAAACCAUUGGAACAACAGACUUCAUCAAAUGCUGAAGUGUCUUCCGAAAUCUACCAGUGGGUUCGAGAUGAGUUGAAGCGAGCUGGAAUCUCUCAAGCUGUGUUCGCUCGCGUGGCUUUCAACCGAACUCAGGGUCUACUAUCUGAAAUACUCAGAAAAGAAGAGGACCCAAAGACUGCCUCACAGUCUUUGUUAGUCAACCUGAGAGCAAUGCAGAAUUUUCUGAACUUGCCUGAAGCAGAAAGGGACCGUAUUUACCAGGAUGAAAGGGAGAGAAGCCUCAAUGCAGCCUCAGGGAUUGGAACUGCACCUUUGAUAAGUUCUCCUAACCGUACUCAGCAGGUCAAAGCAUCCUCCAUUACAACUGAGUGGAAUGGCAAAUCGGAAGGCUGUGCACUUAAUAUUAAUGCUUCCAUUUACGAUGAGAUUCAGCAGGAAAUGAAGAGGGCCAAAGUGUCCCAAGCACUGUUCGCUAAAGUUGCCGCAACAAAGAGCCAGGGAUGGCUAUGUGAACUUCUGCGUUGGAAAGAAGACCCUUCACCAGACAAUCGGACUCUUUGGGAAAACUUAUCAAUGAUUAGGAGGUUCUUGAGCCUUCCUCAGGCUGAGAGAGAUACCAUUUACGAGCAGGAAAGCAAUGUGCUUCAUCAUCAUGGAGACCGACCAUCUCACAUCAUGCAUGUUUCUGCAGAACCAGUUCAGCCGCAACCAGCAACGCCACGACUUGCACCGAAACAGCCAACGUCGACACCAGCAGAAGCAGAAGAUGAGAGUCGCCACAAGCCCAGAUCUCGCACUAAGAUUUCCGUAGAAGCCCUGGGCAUCUUGCAGAGCUUUAUACAGGAUGUGGGUUUGUAUCCUGAUGAAGAGGCAAUUCAGACUCUGUCAGCUCAACUUGACCUGCCCAAGUAUACAAUUAUCAAGUUCUUUCAGAACCAACGCUAUCAUCUAAAGCAUCAUGGCAAACUGAAAGACCAUGCAGGUCUGGAGGUAGAUGUGGCAGAGUAUGAAAAAGAGGAGUUGCUGGAGGACUCUGAGGACUCAGAAGAAAGUGAAGGAGGCAAAAGUUCGAAAGAAAUAUAUUCGGUUAAAGUAGAAGAGACCUUACCAGGAGAAGGGACUACAAAUAACCUAGAUUCUGAUCAGGAGCCAAAAGACUGACCCUGAUAUCACAAAAGCUUCUUUUUGAAACUGUGCCACUGAUGUAUAAUUAUUUGAAAAAAUAUCGUCUUGUUCCCUGCAUUAUUCAUCAGAAAGACCAAUUUGUCUUUACAAACUUGCACAAAAAACUGAUAAAGAAUCCCAUUGAAAGACUGAACAAUUCUCUUGUGGAUAAUGCAGACUGCACUAGAAAUUUUCACUUUGUUCAAGCAAACUAACAGCUACAUAUGAAACAUUUGGGAUUGCCUUGAACAUUUUUGUAACUGCUGUUUACUGAUUAGUGGCAGUUUCUGUACAAAGUACCAAGAGAGGAAACUGGUACUGUCUCAUGUUUGUAACUGUAUUGGCUGUCAGACAUAAAUUGCUGAUUCAGGAGCUUUCCACCAAUAAUCACAGAUUAGCUGGUUCUGAAUGGAUAAAACACUCCGGAUUCAGUUCUCCAUUAAACCAGUCUAUGUUUUGCUACUCACAUGAAAAAUCUGGCCUUUUAGAAAUAACAAAUUUGUGAAUGAGGAAACUUUGUGCUUAUCUAUAUAUUGCAAAAGUUACAAAUAAAAGGAAGAAACUGCUCACUGCAAAAUGCAGUGUUAAUGGAAAAUAUGCCAAUAAUUGCCUUGUGUAAUAUGGCACUGCCAUCAUUCAAUUAUUCUGCAAGAGAGCAAUCACUGUAACUUUGAGUCUUGUCAUUACCUGAUUUUAAAAUGUGAAACACAACAUUUUUUUUUGAGAAAAAAAUUGUGUAAUUUAGACUAUUUAUUUUCGGAAAACUUAGCCUCAUGAUGUAAUUAAUUUUUUGAAGUUUCUGUUACAUGUAACAUUGUGCUUUUUCAUACUGACUUUUUCUAUUUAUAAAUGUGUUUUGAUGGGCAGUGAUACAAAGUGUCUUAAAAGUUUCAAUUGAAAAAUUGUGCUUUAAAAUUUGCCUAAAACUGCUGUAUGUUAUCAAAGCAAUUCAUACCAUGGGCUUCACUCUUUAUGGUGUAUGCAAUUUUCUAUAUUAAUGUUAAACCAUCAUGCAAAUGAACAUAGGUCAAUAAAAUAAAAUACAUUAGAUAACUUAUAAAAUUAACACAAAAAUAGAUGUUUUGCAAUGUGUCUUCCUUCAGUUUACAAUGGAUUGAAGCUUUUUUCAGUAUAAAUUUCUGUAAGAAGAUUACGUGUAUCUGUUUCUCUGAGUUAUCUUGCUACGUGGAACUAUGAGAUCACAAAUUAUUUUGUUAAAUCUGACCAUGUUUUUUUAAAGCAUAUCACGGUUUUUCUUUAUGCAAAAAUGUUCAGAAGGGGAUGGUUAUUAAUUGUUAAUCGCACAAUUAAACUAUCUUUGUA